UAUCCAGGUGAUGUGCCUCUGUGGCUGGCUGUGGCUGCUCUGCUGCCUCCCUAUCCCUGGGUGUGUCUGGGGUCAGUCUGGAGGUGGAGGGGGGGCCUGUCGGCUGAUGGCUAACCCCAUCUCGGGCAGUGUUUAUCGGGCAGGAGAUGUGGUCAUUGGAGGCCUGUUCCCCGUCCAUGUGGAAGCCCCUCUACCAGAGCAGGAGUUCAGGAGUAUUGAGGGAAAUGUGACAUGCACAAUGUUCAACCAGCGUGCUUACCGCUGGCUCCAGACUAUGAUCUUUGCGGUGGAGGAGAUUAACCGCGACCCAUUCCUCCUUCCUAACCUCACCCUGGGGUUCCUGGCUGCUGACACAUGCCUGGCAGAGGGUACUACUCUGGGGACAGCCCUAGCCAUGGUGACAGGCCAGGAGGCCUCUGUGGCAGGCACAGAGUGUGGAGCAACCCCUGAGGUGCCCGUCAUCAUCGGUGAUGCCCGCUCCUCAGCCUCCAUCGUGGUGGCACAGACCCUCGGGCCGUUUGAUUUACCCAUGGUGAGUUAUUUUGCCUCCUGUGCCUGUUUGAGUGACAACUGGAGGUACCCGUCGUUCUUCCGUACGAUACCCAGCGAUGCCUUCCAGGCUCGGGGCAUGGCCAGGCUGCUGCAUCAGCUGGGCUGGGAGUGGGUGGGGCUGGUUUCAGGGGAUGAUGACUAUGGAAAGUUUGGGGUUCAGAUGCUUCUCCAAGAUCUCCAAGGAUCUGGGGUUUGUGUCGCCUACGCAGAGGUCAUCCCCAAGGUACCAUCUCAGAGACGGAUGAAGCACAUCGUGGACACCAUCAGAGGAUCUACUGCCAGAGUGGUGGUGACAUUUGCCAUUGCUCAGGAUGCACGGGCCCUGAUGGAAGAGGUUGUCCGUCAGAACAUAACAGACAGGCAGUGGAUCGCCUCGGAAGCCUGGGUCACCUACUCGACUCUCUCUUCCCCAAAAAACCUGCCCUCUCUUGCCGGGACUAUUGGAUUUGCACUGAAGAAAGCUGUCAUUCCCAGCCUGGGCCCUUUCCUAACACGCCUCCGUCCUGAUGGGGACUACCAGAAAUCCGACUCCUUCCUGAGGGAAUUGUGGGAGGAGAUUUUUGGGUGUUCCCUGGGGAUUGACCUUAGCAUGACCCCAUCGUCCCGGCGACAGUGUACUGGUUCGGAGGUCAUAGGUGAGGGGGAGAGCCAGUAUGCUGACGUGUCUCAGCUGAGAGCCAGCUACAAUGUGUACAAGGCUGUUUACGCCAUCGCCCACGCCAUUCAGGACAUGGUGGCCUGUCCACCAGGGGAGGGACCCUUUAAUAGUGGACAGUGCCCUGAUGUCAGGAAGCUUCAGCCCAGCCAGAUUGCUCAUUAUCUGAGGAGAGUGAACUUCAGUACUCCUGUGGGGGAUUUGAUCCACUUCGACAUUAAUGGUGAUCCGCCUGCCUCUUAUGACAUCAUCAACUGGCAUGUGACCCACGAGGGGACGGCAGAGUUUGUCCAGGUCGGCCAUUUUCUGUCUUCAGUGGGAGUGGACGACCAGUUUCACAUCAAUAUGGAGAAGGUGGUGUGGGGAGGGGGCAGCGGAGAUGAGGUCCCUGUGUCUAUAUGCAGUGCUGCCUGCCCCCCUGGUACCAGACAUGCGGUACAGAAGGGGAGGCCCGUUUGCUGCUUCGACUGUCUGUCCUGCGCUGAGGGAGAGAUCAGCAACACAACAGGGUCAGUUGAGUGUAUCAGGUGUCCAGAGCGGUUCUGGUCCAACCCAGAUCGUACGGCCUGCAUCCCCCAGCUGGUGGACUUCCUCUCCUACAGCGACACCAUGGGCGUCAUCCUGUCCGUCAUCUCAGUUUCCGGGGCAACGCUCACAGCUGGUGCCCUGGCCACCUUCUUCUACCACCGCCAUACUCCCCUGGUGAAAGCCAACAACUCUGAGCUCAGCUUCCUGCUCCUGCUGUCACUCAAACUCUGCUUCCUGUGUGCACUGGUUUUCAUUGGCUGGCCGAAGCCAUGGACUUGCAUGCUGAGACACACCCUGUUUGGUGUAAGCUUUGUGUUCUGCAUCUCCUGUCUGCUCAGCAGGACUGUGGUGGUGCUGGUGGCCUUCAGGGCCACUCUGCCUGGAGAGAACCUGAUGAGAUACUUCAGCCCAGCUCAGCAAAGGAUGGGCAUCUCCAUCUGCACACUCAUCCAGGUGCUGAUCUGUGUGCUGUGGCUGGCCCUAGCUCCACCCCGGCCGGCUGAGCGGGGCGGCAGAGAGGGUCGGGGGCCGAGGGUGGUCCUGGAGUGUGACGUGGGCUCUGUGGUCGGCUUCUCUCUGGUGCUGGGCUACAUUGGCUUGCUGGCCUCUCUCUGUCUCCUCUUAGCCUUCCUGGCCAGGAAACUCCCUGACAACUUCAACGAGGCCAAGUUCAUCACCUUCAGCAUGCUGAUCUUCUGUGCUGUAUGGAUCUCCUUCGUCCCUGCCUACGUCAGCUCUCCUGGGAAGUACACUGUAGCUGUGGAGAUAUUUGCCAUCUUAGCAUCCAGCUUUGGGCUGCUGUUCUGUCUGUUUGCUCCAAAGUGUUUCAUCAUCCUCCUGAGACCAAAGAGAAACACCAAGAAACACAUGAUGUCCAAAUAGAAACCACCAAGAAACACAUGAUGUCCAAUUAGAAACCACCAAGAAACACAUGAUGUCCAAUUAGAAACCACCAAGAAACACAUAAUGUCCAAUUAGAAACCACCAAGAAACACAUGAUGUCCAAUUAGAAACCACCAAGAAACACAUGAUGUCCAAUUAGAAACCACCAAGAAACACAUGAUGUCCAAUUAGAAACCACCAAGAAACAUGAGGGACAAAUGACACAUACUCAUUUCGGGAUUUAAGGAUUGUAGAAUGUCCAUUCUGUUUGAAAACAUACAUUUCCUGGUAAACUUUCACCAUAUGACCUUGUUAAUACCAACAGUUGAUGUCGGAAGUUUACAUACACAUUAGCCAAAUGCAUUUAAACUCAGUUUUUCACAAUUCCUGAUAUUUAAUCCUAGUAAAAAGUCCCUGUUUUAGGUCAGUUAGGAUCACCACUUUA